AUGGACGACGAGGAUGGCGGUCUUUUCAACAUCCAUAUCAGUUCCUCAGAUGAGUCUGCAGACGAAUCUCCAAAAGUCCCACGAGACUUUCAGUCCGAGAAGGAUUUCCAGCAGCAGAAAGCAGCAUGGAGGCCCAAGAUUGAGCCUGGAGAGACUAACCAAAAUGUCGAAUCGAAGUUGUGGAAAACGCUUAAGCUUCCAAUGAACAAUCCCUCAAAGCCCGAAUCCCAGGCCGUCCUACAUGCAAUUGAGGAAUUAUAUUUCUUUCGGAGGUAUGAGGAGGCUAAGAAGGUUGCAGAAGAUGCACUGAAGGGGGAGCUGAGUGCCGAUUAUAAGAAGGUCGUGGUGGGUUACAGGACGAGAUGCGAUAUGAAGCUCGACGGCGUCAAAUCAAGAAUUAAAGUCUAA